GCAAUAAAUGCUUGGGAAGAAAAAGCCCUGCCUGCACACGUUACUCACUGAUUGAGUGUCCUCUGGAGCUUGCAGAACACCUUUGAACUUUACUAUCAGAAUUCAAUGCUGCAGUGCAUGAAUGAGAACGUAACAGUGGUCACCACUGCAGUCCUGUUGGAAAAUCCCUUGCCUCUGAAGGAUAUAAAAUGAGGGCCCAUCUCCAAGACGGGGCAAGUCCUUCUGGCUCCGGCACCCCCGACCAUCAGUGGAAACUCACUCAGUGCUUCCCAGCAGCGCGUCAUGUACUCUAAAUCCAAUCUCCGUCUGCUCGCCGCCGUGAUGCUGGCAGCAGCCCUGCCGCUCUGCGUCCCCGGAGCUCCGCUGAAAGACCCCUCCACCGACCCCACUCCGGCUGAGAGCUCAGGUGAGGAAGAUGAGGAGGAGGGGAUCGUGAAGACUUGGAGAACAGUCAUUUCAUUCGCAGAACGCCACAAGAAGGAGUUUGAGGAUGAAUUCCAGGGCAAUGCUGAGUUCCACUCCUUGGUAAACAACUCAUUCCCAGUAUUCCCAAAGACUUUCUUAAGCAAGGAGGCCUGUUUCCAGAGGCUGGUCCAGGGUCUGCUGAAGUACACGGUUCUCCUGAAGCAUGUUGACAAGGAAUACCACAACAGCUCCAUCGUAACUGGAGUCAAUGAGGCCAUCCCUCGUCUGAUCAAACAGAUCAUAGCAAAUAUAGGCAAUGGUGACCGUGUUGUGGCUCUGACCAGCAGCCAGGAGCAGCAGCUGCUUAAAGAGCUCGACAGCCCAGACGAUUACGAGAGAAAGAUGACGGCGCACAGAAUCCUUUACUCGAUGCGCAAUUUUAUUAUUGAUAGCAGAAGAUCAUUUCGUACAUUCUGUACUAAUAGGACAUAAAUUAGUAAUCUCUAAGAGAUGAAAGCAGCUUUUUUCUAGGAAGGAAUAGCUCAGGUACAUUAGGUGCUUCUUACUUUUCUCAGGGGUAUGCAGGAGUGCAGUGAAAAACAGCACAUAUUUGGAUCAAAUAAUGUAAGCCUGUGGGCUAUAGUUAUCCAUAUAUGAAGAACAUAUUUAAUAUAUUUAUAUUAAGUAAAACUAUUUAUUAGAGAAGUAAUAUUGAAUACAUUAAUGUCUAGUGACUUCAUGUUAAAUUCCUUUAUUGUGACAGCAGAUAGCAAAUAAUUUUUUUAUACACAUAUUUAUGCAAACUCCAUUUUAUGUAAGACUUUCCCAAUUUUUGUUGAAAUAUUUUUUUACAUGCAGAAAUAAAGAAUUUUGUAUUUAUAAA